GAUGAGAAACGCUCCCUCACUAAGCGGAAAUAGAAAAAUACAAAGCAACGGCUAGUCAUCUCAACGGUCAAAAAUUUAAACUUUUUUUUUUUAAUAAAAUCUCAACAUCUUCUCCUCCUACUCCUCAGAGAUUCAUUUGUCUUAUUCUCCAUUGACUCUCCCCAAAGAUGAUGAAAGAUGUAUUCAGGCCGACCAAAUCCGCCCCAUGUUCUCCUGCAAAGCCUCUCGGUAUCUCCCGAACUCGGUCUGAAUCGUUUCAUGCGAUCCACAAAGUUCCUAUCGGAGACAGUCCUUAUGUCAGAGCCAAAAAUGUUCAGUUAGUAGAGAAGGAUCCGGAGAGAGCAAUUCAUAUGUUCUGGUCGGCCAUUAAUGCGGGAGACAGAGUGGACAGUGCUCUGAAAGACAUGGCCAUAGUGAUGAAGCAGCAAGACCGUGCGGAAGAAGCCAUUGAAGCCAUUAAAUCUCUCAGAGUCAGGUGUUCAGAUCAAGCCCAGGAGUCUCUUGACAACAUCCUCCUAGAUCUCUACAAGAGAUGUGGGAGAUUAGAUGACCAGAUCGCACUUUUGAAACACAAGCUCUUGUUGAUACAGAAAGGACUCGCCUUUAACGGCAAACGAACCAAAACCGCUAGGUCUCAGGGGAAGAAGUUUCAAGUCUCUGUGGAGCAAGAAGCCACUCGGCUACUGGGUAACUUGGGAUGGGCUUUGAUGCAGAGAGAUAACUUCGUUGAAGCUGAAGAAGCGUACAGGAGAGCCUUGUCUAUCGCACCGGACAACAACAAGAUGUGUAAUCUCGGUAUCUGUCUUAUGAAGCAAGGCAGGAUCGAUGAAGCUAAAGAGACGUUAAGACGUGUGAAGCCAGCGGUGGUGGAUGGUCCUAGAGGAGUGGGUUCUCACCUAAAGGCUUACGAGAGAGCGCAACAGAUGCUCAGUGAUCUUGGUUCUGAAACGAUGAGGAGAGGAGGGGGUGAUAGAGUUGAGCAGAGGAGGCUUUUCGAUGCGAUGUUUGGGUCUUCCUCUGUAUGGCAGCCUCAGCCCUGUAGAGAAGAGAGCGUGAAGCCCAAGGCAAAGCCGGAUGGAUACGGUGACGAGAACGUGAAGACGAAUGUGAAUGUUGUAAACAACCCAUUAAGGGUGGAUGCAAAACCAUUCAUCUCUUCCAAUAACGAGAAGCUCAAGAGAACGAGAUCUUCUAGCCAAACAACAAUGGGAAUGUUGAGUUGUGGUGGUGGUGGUGAUGAGGGAGAGACAAACGCUAAGAGAAGAUUGUCAAUGGAGAAGAAAGCAAUGGAGUGUGGGUUACCAGACAACAAGGAGUUUGAAGAAGCCAUGAUCAUGGCUGUUUUGGGGACAGGGACGAAAGUGGUGGACAAGAAGAGGUUAAAGGUUUUUCAGGAUAUCACUUUGUCCUUUCUAAGCCCAAGAGCCUGAUGAGAGCUAUCUCAAUCAGAAUCUCUAACCAAUCUAUUUUAUCUCAUUCUAAUUUAUUAGUUUUCUAAGUAAAGUUGGGGGUGGGUACUUGGUGAUGCCAAAAAAAUGGAGAUGAGCUCUUAAUCUCCUUGGUGAAAUGUUUUUGUCAGCUUAUAAAGUUGCUACAUUUUUUGUUUAUUCUUCUUCACGAUUAAUGCCAUUGACCAUAAUGAAGGUUGAAAGUUAUGAUCUUUGCUAA